ACUAUCAUGUUCGUCUUGGGAGACACAAUCCAGAAACGAAAACGCUCUCUGUGAGAGAGAUCACAUUCACCACGAAUCGUACAAAACCCACCAUUUAUCUUUCUUUUCGCUAUAACUCUCUUCUGGGUUUGCAUCAUUUUCCGCGCUUACUCUUUAAUGAGAUGAAUCGGCAAAGAAAUUUCCAGGAUCUUCCAAUUGGUCAGAGAGUAGCGAAGAGUGUCUGAUCCGUUCGCUGAUUCUAAUGGCGAGACGGGUCCACGAAGCCUGGAAGGGAAGUAAUAAGUUUUUAUUUGGUGGGAGAUUGAUAUUUGGGCCAGACGCUUGGUCUCUUCCUUUUACCUUGCUGCUCAUCAUAACUCCAGUUAGUUUGUUCUCUGUAUUUGUUGCAACACAUCUUCGCCACGAGUUCUUACCGAGCACCGCAGGGGAUGCAAUCUUAGUGGUAGCGAUUUUAUUUACUGUUUUCGUACUGAUCCUGCUAUUCCUCACUUCUGCGCGAGAUCCUGGAAUCGUUCCAAGAAAUUCGCAUCCGCCUGAGGAAGAAUUAUGCUAUGAUACGACUGUGUCAAGUGAUGGAAGACAAACACCCACUGUUCAAAUCCCUAGGACGAAAGAAGUCAUGAUUUAUGGCGUUUCUGUUAGAGUUAAAUACUGCGAUACAUGCAUGCUUUAUCGGCCUCCUCGUUGCUCACAUUGUUCCAUAUGCAAUAAUUGUGUUGAGCGUUUUGAUCAUCAUUGCCCGUGGGUAGGCCAGUGCAUUGGAGUGAGAAACUAUAGGUACUUCUUUAUGUUUGUUUCCUCUGCAACCCUUCUCUGCAUCUACGUGUUUUCGAUGUCUGCUUUAUACAUCAAGGUUCUGAUGGAUAACAAUCAAGGUACUGUGUGGAGGGCAAUGCGAGAAUCACCUUGGUCUGUUAUGUUGAUGAUAUAUUGCUUUAUUUCCCUGUGGUUUGUUGGAGGGCUUACUGGAUUCCAUUUGUAUCUUAUUAGUACAAAUCAGACGACCUAUGAGAAUUUCCGGUACAGAUCAGACAAUAGAAUCAACGUUUAUAACCGUGGUUGUUCAAACAAUUUUCUUGAGACAUUUUGCUCGAAAGUUAAGCCCUCGAGGAAUGACUUCAGAGCGUUCACCAAAGAAGAGCCUCCGAGAAAUAUUACAUUGGCUACCACAUGGGAAAGAGCGGAAGAUGAAGUAAGUAUGGAGGAACGGCGUCAGAAGGUGGAAGACGAUUUAGACAUUGAUGAAGAUGUUAUAAAACUACAGCAGCGUUCUAAUGCUGAAGAGGGUAUCGAUACUGCUAAUCACAGGGUCGAUAUUGACCAAAUGAGAGUGGGGUCUAAUGAGAGAGCACCAACUAUUCGAUCAGAAGCGAGGCAUGGAAACUGGGGAACAAGAAGCAAAGCACAGAAGGAUAUGAUUGUUGGUUCUUCAGUCAGUGAGAGUAGAAGCUAUGCAGCUGCAGAGGAAGGACGGUGAUGAGUGAACAGUGGAAGUAAUUAAAAAGGUUUCUUUUUCUUGCUGAGUGAAAUUGUUUUAAUUUUUUCACUAUAUUACGGGUUUAGACCCUCGUGGUUUGGUUUGGGAGUUGUGAACAUUAUAGUUGGGGCAACUGUGAAUAAGUUUAGUGUAAGCUUGGAGUUGUGUAGGAGUCAAAACUAAGUUUUGUUUGUUCAACUUUUUGAAUGUUUAGCCAUUAUAAUUUCUAAUGAUUGA